UUAACUCUAUACCUUAUUAAUUUCUUAUUCAAAACUUCAUAACUUCAAAUAGCGUACAAAGAUGAAAGGAACUUAAAACUUAAAUUAAUUAAACAAGGACUAAAAUGUAAAUAUACCUUCUUUCUUUUUUCUCUAUCCCUUGACCACUUGAGAAUGAGGUUGCACAUUACAACUCCCAAGUCAAUUCCUCCCCAUUAAAGAAAUUGCAAGACCCUCCCGCACGCGCACGCGCACGCAGCACUAUAAAUAAAUCAACCACGCAAAGGGGGAACGCUAAAGGGCAUUUGUUUGAGUGAGGACUUUUAUCAAACAGAUGGUAGGCAUUAGAGAGGGUCGUUGGGGAUUAGUAAUGGCAGUGGUACUGGCAGUAAUGGCGAUGGGAGUGGGGGAAGUGGCAGCACUGACGGCGGCGGAAUGUAAGGCAGAGAGAGAUAUGGCAGUGAAGAAGUGUUUAGCAGUGGUGUUCGGGAGGAAUCCGUCACCGGCGUGUUGCGAGAGAGCGAGAGUGAGCCAUGCAGAGUGUAUUUGCCCAGCAGUUACUUCUAAGCUUAUGACUUAUGUUGAUCCUAGUCGCGCCAUUCGACUCAUUCAAAGCUGCGGCCGUAGAGUCCCUCGCCAUUUCAAAUGUGGAAGCUAUACCACUCCAUGAAAUAUAACAUUGGGAUUAUCCAAGCAAACCUCAAGAGAAAAAGAAAAGAAAAAGAUGAAUAGAGAUGAAGAAUUGAGUGAUGUGUGUUGUUUUUCUUUUCACUUUGUUUGAUAUUAAUUAAUAUGAAUCACUUUUAAUUAUGACCUUAGUUAAAAUAAAUAUAUAGUUAAAUUAAUGUGUUCAAGUUUUUCUUUAUAUAAAUAUAUGAGUGAAGAUAUGAGGUUUGAAUAA